UUCUCAAUAGCGCUAAUUUUUCUCAAAGCGCAAAGUUGAGAGGAUCUGUGAAAAAUUUGUUACUAAAAGCCAACGCUUCAAGAUGCAGAUAUUCGUGAAAACACUCACAGGGAAAACCAUAACCCUUGAGGUUGAGCCAAGUGAUACAAUUGACAACGUGAAAGCUAAGAUUCAGGAUAAAGAAGGGAUUCCACCAGACCAACAGAGACUUAUAUUCGCUGGGAAACAACUUGAAGAUGGCCGAACCCUGAGUGACUACAACAUUCAAAAGGAGUCUACCCUUCACCUGGUUCUCCGACUCAGAGGUGGCAUGCAGAUUUUUGUUAAAACUCUAACUGGAAAGACAAUCACCCUUGAAGUUGAACCAAGUGACACGAUAGAUAAUGUGAAAGCGAAGAUUCAAGACAAGGAAGGGAUACCGCCAGAUCAACAGCGUCUCAUUUUUGCAGGGAAGCAGCUGGAAGAUGGCCGAACCCUGAGUGACUACAACAUUCAGAAAGAGUCAACUCUUCAUCUUGUCCUUCGUCUGAGAGGUGGUAUGCAGAUUUUUGUCAAGACCCUCACAGGGAAAACCAUCACUCUUGAAGUUGAGCCUAGUGACACCAUUGACAACGUAAAAGCAAAGAUUCAAGACAAGGAAGGAAUUCCUCCAGAUCAACAGCGUCUCAUCUUUGCUGGCAAGCAAUUGGAAGAUGGCCGAACCCUGAGUGACUACAACAUUCAGAAAGAGUCAACUCUCCAUCUUGUCCUUCGUCUUAGAGGUGGUAUGCAGAUUUUUGUCAAGACCCUCACAGGGAAGACCAUCACCCUUGAAGUUGAGCCUAGUGACACCAUUGACAACGUAAAAGCAAAGAUUCAAGACAAGGAAGGGAUUCCUCCAGAUCAACAGCGUCUCAUCUUUGCUGGCAAGCAAUUGGAAGAUGGCCGAACCCUGAGUGACUACAACAUUCAGAAAGAGUCAACUCUCCAUCUUGUCCUUCGUCUUAGAGGUGGUAUGCAGAUUUUUGUCAAGACCCUCACAGGAAAGACCAUCACCCUUGAAGUUGAGCCUAGUGACACCAUUGACAACGUAAAAGCAAAGAUUCAAGACAAGGAAGGAAUUCCUCCAGAUCAACAGCGUCUCAUCUUUGCUGGCAAGCAAUUGGAAGAUGGCAGAACCCUGAGUGACUACAACAUUCAGAAAGAAUCUACCCUCCAUCUUGUCCUUCGUUUGAGAGGUGGUAUGCAGAUUUUUGUCAAGACCCUCACAGGGAAGACCAUCACCCUUGAAGUUGAGCCUAGUGACACCAUUGACAACGUAAAAGCAAAGAUUCAAGACAAGGAAGGAAUUCCUCCAGAUCAACAGCGUCUCAUCUUUGCUGGCAAGCAAUUGGAAGAUGGCAGAACCCUGAGUGACUACAACAUUCAGAAAGAAUCUACCCUCCAUCUUGUCCUUCGUUUGAGAGGUGGUAUGCAGAUUUUUGUCAAGACCCUCACAGGGAAGACCAUCACCCUUGAAGUUGAGCCUAGUGACACCAUUGACAACGUAAAAGCAAAGAUUCAAGACAAGGAAGGGAUUCCUCCAGAUCAACAGCGUCUCAUCUUUGCUGGCAAGCAAUUGGAAGAUGGCCGAACCCUGAGUGACUACAACAUUCAGAAAGAGUCAACUCUCCAUCUUGUCCUUCGUCUUAGAGGUGGUAUGCAGAUUUUUGUCAAGACCCUCACAGGGAAGACCAUCACCCUUGAAGUUGAGCCUAGUGACACCAUUGACAACGUAAAAGCAAAGAUUCAAGACAAGGAAGGAAUUCCUCCAGAUCAACAGCGUCUCAUCUUUGCUGGCAAGCAAUUGGAAGAUGGCAGAACCCUGAGUGACUACAACAUUCAGAAAGAAUCUACCCUCCAUCUUGUCCUUCGUUUGAGAGGUGGUAUGCAGAUUUUUGUCAAGACCCUCACAGGGAAGACCAUCACCCUUGAAGUUGAGCCUAGUGACACCAUUGACAACGUAAAAGCAAAGAUUCAAGACAAGGAAGGAAUUCCUCCAGAUCAACAGCGUCUCAUCUUUGCUGGCAAGCAAUUGGAAGAUGGCAGAACCCUGAGUGACUACAACAUUCAGAAAGAAUCUACCCUCCAUCUUGUCCUUCGUUUGAGAGGUGGCAAUUUAUAAAUUGGGACACAUUUUUAGAAACUUUAUUUUGUGAAACUCCAUUUAUUUAUCUGCAACUUAUUAUCUUAUCACAUUGGCUUAUGAAAUGUAGACAAAUUGAAAAUGCUAGCACAAGCUGAACAAA